AUGGCGAAGGGAGAAUGGACCGAUAUAGACAUAAAAAUGGCUUGUAUUUAUUUCUUUGUGCACGUGCCUUGUAUUUUUGCACCCUUUCACUUUAAUUGGGGAGCGUUUUUUGUUGCUUUUGCAUUAUAUUUUAUCACGGGUCUCUUCGGUUUGAGUAUUUCUUAUCAUAGAAACCUUUCGCACAAGAGUUUCAAACUUCCUAAAUGGUUUGAAUAUUUGUUAGCUUACUGCGGACUUCAUGCGCUCCAGGGCGAUCCAAUUGAUUGGGUGAGCACGCAUAGAUAUCAUCACCAAUUUGUUGAUACUGAAAGAGACCCGGAUAGCCCCACCCAAGGAUUGUUGUUUAGUUAUAUAACUUGGGCUUUUGAUUCCUAUGCUUUGACUAAAAAAGUCUGCCCGAAGUACUUUAGUGACUUUGAAGAAGAAGAAAGAGGCAUCUUUGUAAUGGCUAGAAAACAUGGGAGACCAAAUAAUGUCGGUGACUUAGAGAAACAAGCUUUCUAUCGAUUUAUUCACAAAACGUAUCUUCUUCAUGUAAUUGCUCUUGCAGUCAUUCUCUACGUCGUUGGAGGAAUUCCUUUUCUUAUAUGGGGAACGUUUGUGAGGACUGUAAUGCUUUUACAUUCGACAUUUAUGGUGAGCUCAAUAUGCCAUAAAUGGGGCCAUCAACAAUGGGGUAAUACUGGUUUGUCUAAAAAUAAUUGGUGGAUGACUUUUAUUUCAUUUGGAGAAAAUUGGCACAACAAUCACCAUGCCUUUGAGUAUUCAGCUAGGAUUGGGUUUGAAUGGUGGCAGAUUGACUUCGGUUGGUAUAUUAUUUUGUUUCUCAAGACUAUUGGAGUGGCCACUGACGUGAAGUUACCUCGUAUGAGUUUGACUAUAGAAGCUUUCAACAUACAUCCGAAGACAAAUAUUUCACUCAUUGAAAAGUAA